CGCGACUUUUGCACAGGCCGAUCGUGCGAUUCUUCACUCUCCCGAUCGCUCGUGAUUUUGAAUCCCCAGCACGGCGAUCAUGCGGUUCUGCUCCCCUGUCAGUGUUGUGGCCGUGACGGCUCUGUGGGCAUCGCUCGCGGCAGCCAUUCGGCCUCCCCGUCUUGCUCCGCGUCCGAUCGCUGCCACGAGCCAAGCCGCUGAAUCUUCCGUGGUAGAAAGCACGUUCGAGCAGUUGAUCGACCACAGUGAUCCGUCCAAGGGUACCUUCUCCCAGCGUUACUGGUACAGCGCCCAGUACUGGGGUGGCCCUGGCUCUCCGGUUGUCCUGUUCACCCCCGGCGAGGUCUCAGCCGACGGAUAUCAAGGCUACUUGACCAAUACAACCCUGACGGGUGUCUAUGCGCAGCAGCUGCAGGGAGCGGUGGUUCUGGUUGAGCACCGCUACUGGGGUGGCUCCUCGCCUUACCCCAACCUCACCGCGGAGACCCUUCAGUACCUCACCCUGGAGCAAUCUGUUCUCGAUCUGACAUACUUUGCGGAAAAUGUGAAGUUGGGGUUCGCUCGCAACAGCACUAGCAGCAAUGCGCCCCACGUGCCGUGGGUGCUCGUCGGUGGCUCUUACAGUGGAGCCCUGACGGCCUGGACCGAGCAUCUGGCGCCCGGAACCUUCUGGGCUUACCACGCGACUAGUGCUCCCGUCGAGUCAAUCUAUGAUUUCUGGCAAUACUUCCGCCCCAUCCAGGACGGCAUGGCCAAGAACUGCAGCAAGGACGUCUCGCUGGUGGCUGAGCAUGUCGAUAAGAUUGGCAAGACGGGCACCAAGGCUCAGCAGACGAAACUGAAGAAGCUGUUUGGCCUGGAGGCUCUCGAGCAUUUCGAUGACUUUGCAGCUGUUCUUCCCGUUGGGCCUUACCUUUGGCAGGAUAACACCUUCGCGACCGGCUACUCGGACUUCUUUGCUUUCUGCGAUGCUGUCGAGAACGUCGAGGCCGGUGCCGCUGUGACCCCCGGCGCGGAGGGAGUCGGCCUGGAGAAGGCCCUCAAGGGCUAUGCCAACUGGUUCAAGACAAAGACCUUCCCCGGCUAUUGCGCUUCGUACGGCUACUGGUCCGACGAGUACAGCGUGGCCUGCUACGACACCUACAACGCCACCAGCCCCCUCUUCACGGAUACUUCCGUCGACAACACCGUCGACCGCCAAUGGCAAUGGUUCCUGUGCAACGAGCCCUUCUUCUGGUGGCAGGAUGGAGCCCCCACGAGCGAGACGACGCUUGUCCCCCGUCUCGUGAGCGCGGAUUACUGGCAGCGACAAUGCGCGCUGUACUUCCCCGAAGUUAACGGCUACACGUACGGCAGCGCCAAGGGCAAGAGCGCUAACACCUUCAACGCCUGGACCGAUGGAUGGUUCUUGAAUGGGAACUCCACGCGGUUGAUCUGGACGAACGGUCAAUAUGACCCCUGGAAAGACGCCACCGUCUCGUCGACCUUCCGACCGGGCGGCCCCCUGGCCAGCACCCCCAGCGAGCCGGUCCAGAUCAUCCCCGGCGGUUUCCACUGCUCGGAUCUCUACAUCACAGACUCCGUGGUCAACGCAGGGGUGAAGAAGGUGGUGGAUAACGAGAUCGCUCAGAUCAAGGCCUGGGUGGCGGAGUUUUAUGCAUAGAGGAAGAGACGUGCGGGAGAGGAUUCAGCCGAUGGGGUUGGCUAGUGUGCGGAUCGACUAUCCGUGAGUGAUGUCACGUGUAAUGUUGAGCUGGCAGUUGGGCGAAAAAUUGUAUAUACUCAAAUCAUUGCAAAUACAC